ACUUUGGUUUGUUGCUCAAAUUAUCAUUUCCACAAUGUCAAAUUUCUUCAGCUCGUGGUUAUGGCUAUCUCGCUUUCGUUCAUCUUCAUUCAAGCACUCCUUUCACCGCACUCUCCAUAGCAUCACCACCACUCCUCACAAAACUACACCCACCUCCUCCAAUCUCUUCAACUCACACAGAAGAACAAAGAGCCCCUGGACCACAUGGUCAAUUCCUCUCGCUCUCGCUCUUUCCGCUGGAUCACUUUCUCUUCAACCUCAUUCCGAUCCUUCCUUCUCAGAAUCCAUUGAUUCCGAUACCAGCAGUGUGAGUAUUGGGGGCAAAGGUAGCACACAGUAUGUUGUUAAGGGAUCACAGAAAGAGCUUCCACAAGAGCUUCUCGAGGAGUUGAAAAUCAUCUGUCAGGAUAACAUAUCACUUGACUAUGAUGAGAGAUAUUUCCAUGGAAAACCACAAAACAGUUUUCAUAAGGCUGUCAAUAUCCCUGAUGUGAUUGUUUAUCCAAGAUCAGAAGAGGAGGUCUCCAAGAUUGUCAAAUUAUGCAACAUUCAUAAGAUUCCUAUUGUACCUUACGGUGGAGCAACAUCAAUCGAGGGUCACACUUUAUCCCCCAAUGGAGGGGUUUGUAUUGACAUGGCAUUGAUGAAAAAAGUGAAAGCAUUACAUGUUGAUGACAUGGAUGUGGUUGUUGAUCCUGGAAUUGGGUGGAUGGAGCUUAAUGAGUAUUUGGAACCUUAUGGUCUAUUUUUUCCACUUGAUCCCGGUCCUGGUGCAAGUAUUGGUGGGAUGUGUGCUACACGCUGUUCUGGCUCGUUAGCUGUGAGGUAUGGAACUAUGCGUGAUAAUGUCAUCAGUCUCAAGGUAGUUCUUGCCAAUGGAGAUAUUGUGAAGACUGCAUCUCGAGCUAGAAAGAGUGCUGCAGGGUAUGAUCUGACGCGCUUGAUGAUUGGGAGUGAAGGAACUCUUGGUGUCAUAACAGAAGUAACACUGCGGCUUCAGAAAAUUCCUCAGUCUUCAGUGGUUGCAAUGUGCAAUUUCCCUUCUGUGAAGGAUGCAGCAGAUGUUGCUAUUGCCACUAUGAUGUCUGGAAUACAGGUGUCAAGGGUUGAGCUAUUGGACGAAGUUCAGAUAAAAGCUAUCAAUAUUGCUAAUGGGAAGAAUUUUCCUGAAAGUCCAACUUUGAUGUUUGAAUUUAUAGGAACAGAGGCAUAUGCACGUGAACAAACACAAAUUGUUCGAAAAAUUGUUUUUGAGCACAAUGGCUCAGAUUUUGUAUUUGCAGAAGAACCUGAAGCCAAAAAAGAACUUUGGAAGGUAAGGAAGGAAGCACUAUGGGCUUGCUUUGCUAUGAUACCUAAUACGGAAGCAAUGAUUUCGGAUGUAUGUGUUCCUUUAUCUCAUCUAGCUGAUAUAAUUUCAAGGUCUAAAAAGGAGCUGGAUGCAUCGCCACUGGUUUGCACAGUGAUUGCUCAUGCUGGUGAUGGUAAUUUCCACACAGUAAUUUUAUUUGAUCCCACAAAAGAAGAGCAGCGACAGGAAGCAGAGAGACUCAAUCAUUUUAUGGUUCAUGCUGCCUUGUCAUUGGAAGGAACUUGUACCGGUGAACAUGGUGUAGGCACUGGAAAAAUGAAGUAUCUUGAAGAAGAACUCGGAGUGGAAGCAUUGAGGACGAUGAAAAAAAUAAAAUCAGUCUUAGAUCCUAACAAUAUCAUGAAUCCAGGAAAGCUCAUCCCUCCUCAUGUUUGUUUCUAAAAGUGUUCAUCACUACAAUCGGCAACUGUGCAAUACAAUCUCCUCAAAUUUACAAAUUAAAGUCUUGCAGUUUCUAACAUCAGGUGAUGUAUUGAAUCAGUUUUUUGACUAAAGAAGGGCAUGGUGCAACCUUUGUCAUUUCACAGUUUUUUUUGCCUAUCCUGUGUCAAAUAAAGUCUAUGAGAAGAUGCAAUGCAAUAAUCCUUUAAUUGUAUUUUCCAUUUACCUUUUAAAUAAUACUCUCCUUAGGGUAAGUCAACAAAAAAGAAAACAUUUUUAAUUUUUAGUCUUGUACUGUAAUAAUUUGUCAUAUACUUUGAAUAUGAUUGGGAGACAAAAUAAAACAGCGUGGUUCUGUACACAAGUUUUAUGCUGUUUAAUUAUUUAUCAAACUCAUAAGAUCAACUACAUAUUAGUAUUUGGCAUGUGGAAUUUUCAAAAUGCAAA